UACAACGUAUCAGUAUGUUUUGAAAAAGGCCCGCGAACGGAUCGUUGGAAGCUAAGAGGUGAAGGUGUCAGAUAUUCCGUGGCAAAAAAAAUCGAAUCGAGCCAUAAGCCAAUAGAGAGUGAUUAAUGUAGUUAAAAGUGAUUAGCAACAAAAAAAGUGUUUGAAAAAAAUAGUUUAGCGCAAAAAAAAAAUAACAAAACGUUACUCAAAAUUGUAAUCUAUUAAUCGUCCACUGAUAAGGAAAUACUCGUGUGCAUAGUUUUAAUGCGAUAACACUGUGUUUUUUGCUCGUUUGCUCGUAAUCAAAGUUUCACUAAAAUACCGAAUAUCAUUGUGCCUUGCAUUUGUUCAUUUUUGUUGAACAUUUCUCAGCUGUGAUCCAUUUGUGCAAGUUAAACUUCAAUAUGAUCGCCUUAAUUCAAUUAUCUUCUGUGGUGGUGUAUUUGGCGGGCAUUAUGGCGCUUGCAUUAUUCAUCUACGACAAUUUCAUUUCGGUGUUGUCCAUAAUCAGAGCUGUGCUGCAACCCUACUUUCAACCUCAACUUCCACAAACUUUGGUGGAUAAGUAUGGAAAAUGGGCAGUUGUGACGGGAGCUACAGAUGGCAUUGGCAAGGAAUACUGUAAAGAGUUGGCAAAACAAGGCCUUAAUGUGGUGCUGAUAUCACGUACCAAAGCCAAGUUGGUGGAAGUGUGCAAUCAAAUUGAAGCUGAACAUAAAGUAAAAACGAAAUGGAUAGCGGCUGAUUUCUCUAAGGGCAAAGAAAUCUAUGGGCACAUAGAAAAUGAGUUGGCUGGCAUACCAGUGGGAAUUUUGGUCAACAAUGUGGGCAAGAUGUAUGAUUAUCCUGACUCUGUGGAAAAUGUACCCCAGGAAACCCUGUGGGAUAUCAUCAACAUUAACAUUGGCGCAAUCACCAUGAUGUCCCACAUGGUCAUACCACAAAUGAAGAAACAGGGCAAGGGUAUCAUUGUGAACAUCUCCUCGGGCAGUGAGCUGCAGGCCACACCCUACAUGGCAGUCUAUAGUGCCAGCAAACGUUUUGCUCGCACCUUCAGUCUGGCCAUACAACGUGAAUUGGCCGAACACAAUGUCGAAGUGCAGUGUGUAACGCCCCUAUUUGUGGUCACCAAGAUGAAUCAGUAUUCCGAUACAGUGAUGCAGGGAAGUCUACUGGUGCCAAGUGUAACAGCCUAUACACGUUCAAGUGUCUUUACCUUGGGCAAAUCAAAUGAGACUACGGGUUAUUGGUCACAUGGUUUACAGUACUUCUUCAUGAAACUGGUACCCGAAAGACUGCGCACUCGUAUUGGCCUCCAAAUGGGCAAGAAGCUGCGCCAAGAGUAUCUGCAAAGUCAAGGAAAAUCCAAAGCCAUGUAACCAUGUAAUUACUGCCAAAAGAUUCCCGCUGUGAGAUUUGUUACAAGUAUUUUAAUUAUUUUUAAGUUACCCUAAUUAAAUAUCUAUUUUAGUUUUUAAGGUCUUUAGUUAUAACAACUAGACGAGUAACCCUUGUUUUAGGUAAUGAAUAAAAAAAGAAGAAAUCGUUAA